UCAUCAGCUUGCAGAGGACGAAGCAACUCGAAACAAAGGACAGAUUCAGUCCAGCGUUCUAUCAAGAUGGUGACGAUGUAUCGAUCUCUGAGGGACUUUCCAGUGAAACUCAUGAGUUUCAUCUGUUUUACGGCGAUAUGCUUUCCUUCGGUGCUGGGAGCUCGUAUGAUGCUUGAUUUUCCAACGCUGCCUCCCCUCCCAACUUUCUCUACUCAGCUUCCAACGUUGCCUCCUCUACCAAGUCUUCUUUCUCAUCUUCCAUCGCUGCCUCCGCUCCCAAGUCUCCCACCUCUUCCUACUGACAUCCGAAAGCCGCCUCCUCUUCCCACGCUUCCACCUCUUCCUGCUCAUCUUCCAUCGCUUCCACCUCGUCCCACUUACAUUCCAACGCUACCUCCUCUCGCAACUCUUCCAACGCUUCCACCUCGUCCUACUCACAUUCCUACGCUACCUCCUCUUCCGACUCUUCCACCUCUUCCCACUCACAUCUAACUGCUCGUCUUCAAUCUGUCCCCCGUUCUCCUCCAUCUAAAUCACCAUCUCCAGCUCCUUCAUCUUGAUCUUUCCCCGUUCGGAUUCCUAGCACGGUCAGACAAAACGCUGGGACGCAUCGCUGGAAGAUGAGCGCAUCUUCCAGCAACUGUCAUCGGGUGAUUCUCUCUGUCCGCAGCUUCUACCAGAACAAUGAGUACUUCCUGAAGUUUCUUAGCCAUCUUGAUCAGUCCCGUCGGUCGGAGGUGGACUGAUGUGUUCUACUGCUGAAAAUGGUUGUUCAAGGCAUCCAGUCUCUAGUAUCCUGGAAGCCCGAUAUACUUCCUGCUCUUACUGGUGACGCAGGAUUUAAAUCAAAGCGCUUAGUCUAUAAAUAUGGACCUGAUCAGAGACAAAUAAGCAGUGUAAUGUUUUUAGUGCCACGGUAAUCAAACCAGAUAGAAAAUGAAUAAUCAUGGUUCACGGCACUCAGCAAAUCAGCGUAUCUCUACAGGGACAACAUGUACGUUGAUUAAAAAAUAUAUUUCGUUGGGUACCAUUUUUGAUCAAGCAUUUUACCUC